UAUUAUAUGUAAGGGUCUGAGAUUUUGAUUGCUCAAGCAUAGCAUAAAAAUGAGUUAGUUCAUCAGUUGUAGGAACAAGCUUAUGAAACAGAAUUCAAAUAAUUGGAUAAUAAUCAAGUGACAAAGGCUAUUGAGUACAUUUUGGAGAACCCUCAUUUUGGCUUUUUUUUUAUUUAUACCGAAAAUCAUCACAUCUUCGGGUAGAUCCUGAUGACCAAAGAAUAUAAUAUCUACUCUGGAUUAACUUGUUGGUUUCAAUCUGUAAAUUUAUGAAUUCAACCAUUUUAGGUUUAUGUGAAGAAGGAUCAUAGAAUGAAGGGAAUAUUUAAGUAAAUGUACAAGGAAUUUAUGAAGUAUGCAGCAAAGCAAAAAGCAGGGACUAAAUUAUAUGUCGAAUUUGAGAAUAAGAAUGCUAUCAAAGUCUAUGAGAAAUUGGGAAUGAUUAGAACAGAGGAAACCAUAUUUGAAGAUGAUUUCGUAUUUCAUCCUGUCAAGUAAGUCAAAUUACUUAUUUAAUUAGAAUUAUUAAUCUUGGUUAAGAUUGUGUAACGAGGACUUCCAGCAACAAAAAGGAAUUAGAGGACUUAUUAAAGAAAGGAAAAAGUAUCUUAGGGAAUGACUUAACUCAAUAAUUGUAAAUUGAGGAUUGUUUAAAUAAUAACAAAAAUGCAUUUAUAAUAACAGAGAGUUCAACAGACUAUUUGAUAGGAUUAUACUUCAUAGAAUUUAGUGAUUGGAGGAAUGGAGUAUUAAUUAAUUAAUAAACAUUAGAUAAUUCUGUGGUUUUACGAUUUUGUAAGUUCUACCUAUAAUAAUGGAAUUAUUAGUAUAAUGAUGAGCAAUAUGCUGAAUUCGAUUAAGCAUAAAUAAAUUAAAUUUAACCCUGAAGUGAAAGGAAUUAGAAUACUUGUAGACAGAUCUAAAGGUUAGCGAUUGGAGUAAUUAUUGGAAGUCAUUGGUCUAAAAGAGUCACACUAUUAUAUAUAUUCUUAAAAAAGUGAUUGAAAAUGAG